AGUUUAUCGAUUUGCUUUGCACCUAACUGCGCCAAGCGCCCCAUGGCACGCGAUUCUCGCCGUUUGUGAGUCGUUUCGCCGGUGGCCCCCAACCCAAGGACAUUUUGGCCCCCAGCCGGCCGUAUACGCAUUUGGCGUUGACCCGCGUCCGCUUUUUUCAUGACCAAAACGGCGGCUGCGAUUCAAACGAAGCUCAAGCGCAAGCAAAAACAUUCGCGCAGCGUCAAUCAAUCGAGGCGGUACUUAAUCGGGUUUAGAGCUAUCCAUAGCCAUGUCAGCGGAGAGGAACAAGAGUGGCGAAGUACGCAGUGCAGCUGGAGGAUUGGAACUGGCAUCUGCGAGUGGAGCAAGUGCAUCCGAGACGGACAAUGUGAGCGCCCUUGAACUGCAGUCCAACAAGCGCAUGCUGUACUUUAGCGACGGCGUCAUGGAGGAGUUGUCCUCGGGCAGCGAGGACGAGGCGGAUGCGGAAAUGGGCGACAAAUGCUACGACGUCCAUUUAAACGAGAGCGAAAUGCCGCUGGGACCACGCCUGCGUUACAAGGCCAGCAGGAUGGGCAACCGAUUCCUGGCCGGCAUCGACUAUGUGGGCGGUGGGCUGGCCCACCUGCUUGGUAUCACCAGCAGCAAGUAUGCCAGCGAAUUGGAGAACUACCACAGGGCCAAGGAGCACGGCGACGAGGACCUUGACAAUUGGCACCCGCGGGCCAUGUCGACCACGACCAGUAGCAGCAACAACAACAGCAGCGGCAACAACAAUCGCAACGAAACCAUCGUCCUAUGCGAACCAACACGCAGCGAGGCGACCUUGCCACCCACACGGCAGUAGGCGCCCACUGGGCCACCCACUUGCCAGGUGGGUUGUGCAAGGUGGCGAUUUUCUUGGCAGGAAGGCGAAACAAAAUGCUCAUGGAGUACUGGCGACACUUGGAGACUCUUUUACUUGGUAAAAACCAUGCGAAACGAAAUGAAUCAAAACAGAUAUUAACUUUUCGACACUUUAUUCGCUAGCAAAUAAGUUAUACAUAUACAUAUAUGAUAAUAAAAAAAAUACACAUAU